GCGGCCAUGGAGGUGGAGGAGGCGUUCCAGGCGGUGGGGGAGAUGGGCAUCUACCAGAUGUACCUGUGCUUCCUGCUGGCCGUGCUGCUGCAGCUCUACGUGGCCACGGAAGCCAUCCUCAUCGCGCUGGUCGGGGCCACACCAUCGUACCACUGGGACUUGGCCGAGCUCCUGCCCAACCAGAGCCACAGCAACCAGUCGGCGGGCAAAGACCAGGCCUUUGGGGACUGGCUCCUGACAGCCAAUGGCAGCGAGAUCCAUAAGCACGUGCAUUUCAGCAGUAGCUUCACCUCCAUCGCCUCUGAGUGGUUCUUAAUUGCCAGUAGAUCUUACAAAGUCAGUGCAGCCAGCUCCUUUUUCUUCAGUGGUGUGUUUGUUGGCGUCAUCUCUUUUGGUCAACUGUCAGACCGCUUUGGAAGGAAAAAAGUCUAUCUCACAGGUUUUGCUCUUGACAUCUUAUUUGCUAUUGCAAAUGGAUUUUCCCCCUCGUAUGAGUUCUUUACAAUAACCCGCUUCUUGGUGGGCAUGAUGAAUGGAGGGAUGUCGCUGGUGGCCUUUGUCCUGCUAAAUGAAUGUGUGGGCACCGCCUACUGGGCUCUCGCAGGAUCCAUUGGUGGCCUCUUCUUUGCAGUUGGCAUCGCCCAGUACGCUCUGUUAGGAUACUUCAUUCGCUCCUGGAGGACUUUGGCUGUUCUGGUUAAUCUACAGGGAACAAUGGUCUUUCUCUUAUCUUUAUUCAUUCCUGAAUCACCUCGUUGGUUAUACUCCCAGGGUCGACUGAGCGAGGCGGAAGAGGCGCUCUACCUCAUUGCCAAGAGGAACCGCAAGCUUAAAUGCACGUUCUCAUUAACACACCCGGCCAACAGGAGCUACAGGGAGACCGGAAGUUUCUUGGAUCUGUUCCGUUACCGGAUCCUCUUAGGACACACUCUGAUCCUGAUGUUCAUCUGGUUCGUGUGCAGCUUGGUGUAUUAUGGUCUGACGCUGAGCGCAGGUGACCUAGGUGGAAAUAUUUAUGCCAACCUGGCCCUGUCUGGCCUCAUAGAGAUUCCAUCCUACCCUCUCUGCAUCUACUUGAUUAACCAGAAAUGGUUUGGUCGGAAGCGGACCUUAGCAGCAUUUCUGUGUCUAGGAGGCCUGGCUUGUCUUAUUGUGAUGUUUCUUCCAGAAAAGAAAGACACAGGUGUGUUUGCAGUGGUGAACAGCCGUUCCCUGUCCUUGCUGGGUAAGCUGACCAUCAGUGCCGCCUUCAACAUCGUUUACAUCUACACCUCUGAGCUCUACCCAACCAUCAUCAGGAACGUUGGGCUUGGAACUUGUUCCAUGUUCUCCCGAGUUGGUGGGAUUAUUGCUCCCUUCGUCCCCUCACUGAAAUAUGUGCAGUGGUCUUUACCCUUCCUUGUGUUUGGAGCCACCGGCCUGACCUCAGGCCUCCUAAGUUUGUUAUUGCCAGAAACCCUUAAUAGCCCGUUGCUGGAGACACUUGCUGACCUUCAGGUGUACUCCUAUCGGAGGCUGGGGGAGGAAGUCGUGUCUUUGCAGACCUUGGAUACCCCGCAGCCUGCAGACAAGGAGCAGACUUUCGGCAGUGAGAGUGAGGAGGAAGAAGAGUUUUAUGAUGCAGACGAAGAGACCCAAAUGAUCAAGUGAGGAGCCCCAGCUCCCUGAUCAGAACCAAAGGACCAUCCUUUAUGCCUCUGACCGAGCCAGGUUCUCCCUUGAGUCCUCAAAGAGCUGAGAAAGACAGGUUUGGUGCCAACAUACACAGGUGGCACUCAGCAUGGAGUGAUUUUUGUUGAAGUACGAAGGAAGUUGGAGAAGAGAUUUCAUCAGAGAAAACAUCACUACUUGAGGGACAAGUUCUUAACUUGUCCAGGAUUGAAGUUCAGCUCAGAAUCCUGACCUCUGGCCACGUAGCUCUGGUCCACAUUCCAGGGUGGGAGCCUGAUUUGUGUUCACAGAUUUAAUGACACUGCUUUUCUUUCCUUGUGAUCUAGAAGCAGAUAAGUAAAACUUAUCGCCAUUUUAGUGAGAUUACCAAAACUGUUCGUAAAAUUGAAACUUCAUAUCAUGUGUGACAUCUGUCCCCUACCACUUGCUCUUGCUCACGAGGAAAUCUUGAAACACAGGUUGGUGUCAACACUUAAUUUUACACUGAAGGAAGUAUUCUCAGAGACCGUACGGUGUCCCAAGGCCCUCUGGUUUUACCUCAGCUGCUGGCAUCAAGUCCUCAGCUGGUUCCCAACCUGCUGGUUGACUUGGAGGCUUUUCCCUUUGGUCCCAGGAUGGUAGAGAUUGUGUACAUGUUCACAUGUACAUUGAUUAAAUUAUUAAUUCACACACACACAAAAUUAUUAAUUCGCUACUAAGAACCAGAACAGUUUACUAGAGGCAGAGGUGUGGCUGUGGCCUGGUAGCUCCCUUUGACCCCUAAAUCAUGUGAUUGCUUCAGUUCCCGAUUAUAAGCACCUCAGGAAAAUUUCCUUCUGAGAGUCUAGUACAGCAAUAACUUCAAAAUCCCGCACAGUAAACAAUAAAGCUUUAUAAAGGUAGAGAGCGGUUAAAGGUGACGCGUUGAUCACUUGGAUGUUAAAAAAAAAGAUGCAGUUUUUAAUAAAGGGGAAAACAAAUUAUCUUUGGCGAUUUUGGGUUUGUUUUGCUUUCAGUGCUGUACAGGAAGGGACUUGGGGAGCACAGAGAGCUUGUACUCUUGCCCUCCGUCAGCCCCUACCUGGUUAGGAAGAGUGGAAGGCACAGGCAUUUCAUAGGAAAUACUUACUUCUUUCAUUAAGUAUGAUUGUGAAUGAAUAAAAACCGUAUUUAGUCUCUUAAAAUCACAUGCAGAAAAUACGAGUUCUCCAUGAAACUUGAAUACUGUCUCAGAGAGGAAGUCUAAGCCAGGAGUCAGCAAGCUUGGGAAGCAUUGUUUGAGGUCAUUUUCCAGUGAAGAAAAUGUCUGUGUUUUCAAAAUCUCCAUUUCUGAUAAGCUCUUGGAGAAAGAGAAAUUGUAUGAGAGGUAAAGAGAAGGUGUCACGUGGCUGCUUCUGGAAAUCUUAGGGGUGCCUCUGCUAAUUGGCUCCAUACACUGCUCUGUUCUCUUCUGUAUUGAUGUCUGGUUUGCACUACAUCUAUGGUACCUUGGUAUUUGUUACAAUAUGUUUACGUCCUUUUGGCCCUUGAUGAUGUGAUGGCUGUUCAGAAACAGGAGGCAUCUCAGCUACUCCGUUUCUCCUUGCUGUGCCCAAAGUUCUGGCCCAGACACAGUAAGGACCUACGAAAUAUUACUGUUUUCACCACCAAGGAAAUGGUGACACCCCUUCAGCUACCAUUUUUUAAAAUCCCACACAGAUCUAACCCACAUCCCAAACUGUGAAAUUCUCUUUAUUUUUCUCUGGAAAAUGGAGAUCUCUCCACCACUGGAAGAGGAAGAAAGAACUUGCAGAGACACUUAAAAGUUUUUGUUAAAUGGUCAAAUAUUUAAAAUAAAAUGAUGAACUAACGUAUGUAUAA